UGUCGGUUCUAAAACCCCCAAAUAAAAGCAAAAUAAAACCCUUUCUUCAUAAUUAGGGUUUUCAAGGUGUUUCAGCCUUGUACCCAGUUGCCACCAGUAGUGCUCAUUCAUUCGCAGCACUUGAUCUAUUGUAAUCUUUCAGCUGUUUCUGAGUUUUGGCAUAAGCUAUCAAACAUGGUGCAGUACAAUUUCAAGAAAAUCACCAAAGUACCUACGGGGAAAGAUUUUGUCGAUAUCGUACUCAGCAGGACCCAGAGGCAAACACCUACUGUUGUCCACAAGGGCUAUGCUAUCAAUCGCAUCCGUCAAUUUUACAUGCGAAAAGUAAAGUUCACACAAACGAACUUUCACGAAAAACUUUCCACCAUCAUCGAAGAGUUCCCGAGGCUCGAUGACAUCCAUCCUUUCUAUGGCGAUCUUCUUCAUGUUUUAUACAACAAAGAUCAUUACAAACUCGCCCUCGGUCAAAUCAACACCGCAAGAAACCUUAUUAGUAAAAUCGCCAAAGAUUACGUGAAGUUAUUGAAAUACGGCGACUCGCUCUAUCGAUGCAAGGCUUUGAAGGUUGCCGCUCUUGGUCGAAUGUGUACGGUCACCAAAAGAAUCGGGCCGAGUUUGGCGUAUCUCGAUCAAAUUCGACAACACAUGGCGAGACUGCCGUCAAUUGACCCCAACACGAGGACGAUAUUGAUAUGCGGGUAUCCCAAUGUCGGGAAAAGUUCGUUUAUUAACAAAAUUACCAGGGCUGACGUUGACGUCCAGCCGUAUGCUUUCACCACAAAGUCGUUAUUCGUUGGUCAUACGGAUUAUAAAUACUUGAGAUAUCAAGUGAUUGAUACUCCAGGGAUUUUAGACAGGCCGUUUGAAGACCGUAAUAUUAUCGAAAUGUGUAGUAUAACCGCGUUGGCGCAUCUAAGAGCCGCUGUGUUGUUCUUUCUUGAUAUCUCCGGUUCUUGUGGGUACACUAUCUCCCAACAAUCGGCACUUUUUCACAGUAUCAAGUCUUUGUUUAUGAACAAACCUUUGAUUAUAGUCUGCAACAAGACUGAUUUGCAGUCACUGGAAGGGAUAUCUGAAGACGACAAGAAGUUGGUUGAGGAAAUGAAAUCGGAAGCAAUGAAGACGUUAAUCGGUCAAGGUGGCGAGCCUCGAGAGGGUGCGGAAGUGCUUUUGACGAUGAGCACUUUGACCGAACAGGGUGUGAUUGCGGUUAAAAACGCUGCUUGUGAACGGUUGUUAGAUCAAAGAGUUGAGGUUAAAAUGAAGUCGAAAAAGAUAAAUGAUUGUUUAAACCGUUUCCAUGUUGCUGUUCCGAAACCGCGUGACCAGAAAGAACGACCCGCGUGCAUACCACAGGCUGUUCUUGAAGCGAAAGCUAAAGAAGCGGAAAAAGAAAAGAAGAAGCUCGAAAGGGAUCUUGAAGAAGAAAACGGAGGUGCGGGUGUGUAUUCCGCUAGCUUGAAGAAACAUUAUCUUCUUGCGAACGAUGAAUGGAAAGAAGAUAACAUGCCGGAAAUCCUUGACGGGCAUAAUGUGUACGAUUUCGUCGAUCCCGAUAUUUUACAACGGCUCGAGGAGUUAGAGAAAGAAGAAGGGCUUUUACAGGAACAAGAUGACGAUGAGGAGGAGAUGGAUGUCGAGGAUUUGACCCCGCAACAGCAAAAGGAACUAGCGGAAAUCAGGAGAAAGAAAAGCAUACUCAUCCGAGAACAUAGAAUCAAGAAAAGCACCGCGGAAAGCCGACCCAUUGUACCAAGAAAGUUCGAUAAAGACAAAAGGUUCACUUCUGAACGAAUGGGUCGUCAGCUGUCAUCAUUGGGGCUUGACCCGUCUAAAGCGAUUGAACGGGUUCGAAGCAAGUCUAGAGGUCGUAAACGGGAGAGGUCGGCUGAUCAUGACAUGGAUGUGGAUGAUGACGGUUCGAAUAAGAAGAUGAGGGCGAGGUCGUUGUCGAGGUCACGGUCAAGGUCGAGACCACCGACAAGUGAGUUGGUUCCUGGUGAGGGAUUUAAAGAUUCGGCUCAAAAGAUUAAGGCGUUUAAAAUGGGUAAGAAGUCUGUUCAGAAGAGGAACAAAGAUGCUAGAAAGGGUGAGGGUGAUAGAGUUAUUCCUAAUUUAAAACCGAAACAUUUGUAUUCUGGCAAACGUUCCAACGGGAAGACCACAAGGCGUUGAUGAUGGUGUCGAACCUUAAAUUUGAGGACAUGCUGACCAGUGAUGAUCAUAGUCUGGAUGAAUGCUGCUGGUGACAUCCAAGAAAUGAGAGCUUAUAAUUUUGAAAGUCUUUUUGAGUUUUGGAAUGUUUGUUUAUUAUUCUUUCUAGUUACUGCUUGUAUGUUUUUGAACCUAUGAAUGUUAGUAUGAAAAAAAUGGACUUGGGUGCCAAGUUGUUGGUAGAAAUUUUAUGGAUCGUAGAAACAAUCGAACCAAAAGAAACUAGGUCGGUUUAAUAUUUACA